UACAAAACAGCUGAUUUUGACAAUUACUGUGUGGCAACAAAGCAUUUUCCCUCUUUGGUUUUCCUCAAUUUUCCCCGAGAAAAUGUCUGAAAAAGAGAGUGUCACCAAACCUCCCUUUGAUCCUGGCUGGAAUGAUCCUCCAAAAUUGGGCUACGAGGAGCAAGCUAAAUCCUCACCAAAUCGGACUAAAUUGAACCUGAACAAGCGAAUUGCAUUCCCAUUGAGUAGUCCUGGAGGCGGAGCAACUGCCCAAAAAGUCGAAUUGGCUCCAUCGGGUCUGCCAAUGCCUUAUGCACGAAUGUCCACUAAGGAACAGCCUUCGACAAUCAUUCCACCGACUACAUCUAGUUCUUCCGACCUCAAACCACCUCCAAGCUCUCUGGGUGUUAAUUCUGUGAGUGGAGAUGCCCUAGAUGUUUCUAGGGACACCCAAGAGACCAUUAGUGCUGACAAAUUGCUCGAAAUUCUAAAGGAUUUUGAGGUAUUUGCCAGGAAAAUCGAUGACAAGAAAGUUCAGGAGGAAGUAUCUCGACGACUCAGUCUGCUUCGGGAUCAGGUGUGCAGGAAGCAACUCAGUGAGGGUGUAAAAAGCCGUUUGGUACGAAUCUGUGAAGCUCUGAAGGAAGAAAAUUACACUGAAGCCAAUCAAAUCAAUCGAUCUCUUAUGGUGGACUAUCUGUCGGAGUGCUGUUCCUGGGGCUCCUCACUGCGUAAUAUCAUCCUUGCUGCCCAACCACAAGAUGAAGCAAUAAAUUCCCUAAAUAAUUGAAAA